AUGGACUGUCAAAAUCGACUUCACAUCGAGGCAUACGACUCUUGGUCCUUGCUCCCAUGUGGGAUAGGCCACAGCCACAUAAGAGGUGAUGUGAGCACCGGCUUGAGCCACAUCCACGAUACGCGGAGCGACACUCCGAAUCUGCUCAGAUAUGAAGAUCUUGAGCUUUCCGACCCGGACAAAAUGGAGUCAUUUAUGAUGGCUGUGGUCGGGUCACAUCACGAGAAGAGCAUUACAACAAGUCUUGCCGCCUGCCAUGAUAGUAUUCACCCAACCGUGACUCGGCCACCGCUCGCAAAAAGAGGACGAGUCAAGGCCGCCUCUGACCACGGAUCGCCGUUGCCGGACAUGAUGAUGGACAUCUCAGGAGAACGUCGGCGCGCUCAAAACCGUGCUGCUCAACGCGCACACCGGGACCGCCAAAAACGCUAUGUUGCUCAGCUCGAGAAGAGAUUCUUCGCCCUCCAGGCCAGCUACAACCAUCUGAACGAGAAGUACAAGACCGUACAGAAGGAGUACGAGGCCUUAAUCAGCUUUGUGCGGUCUCAGCAGAUACCGACGGAUUCACCCUUUCUAAGGACAAGCGCUGAACCUACCCUGACAUUUUCUUCGCCGGACCUGGAACCGCUUAGUGAAUUCUCGAAGUGCGAGCAAGAGCUCGAUCGUGUGCUGGCAUUUCGAGAUGACAAAAGUCCUUCGCCAACACCGUGA